GGGGGACGGGAGCGGCUUGGGAAGUGCGUUCAUUUGGCCCCAUGGCUCCAUUCGGUCACCGUAACUUCCAUUUUCGUUUUGACCCAUAUGCAGUAACGUGGACCUCUCGGCCGUCCAACGAAGCCAUUCACCAUGCGAAGACUCGAGGGGAAAAGCCCCAAGAUGAUCAGCCGCAGUGAGCUCGAGUCGGGCAUACCAUCGAUGACCCUUCCGCGUGUGACACCACCCCGAAGCAGAGCAAGGGCAUAUGCAUCGAUCUCAGCUCUCUGAAGCCUCCUCAAGUGUUGGGUCUUCAUUCAAGAUCUUUUUUGUGUGCAAUCUCCAACCUGAUAGUUCUGACGAUGACCCAACCUUGUGCGCGUACGUUGUUGAUUGUUUUCUUGACUUUGACAGGUACUAGCAAUGCUGCCGCUGUGGGCAAAGCUGUGAGAGAGCCGGUUGCCCUAAGUAGCAGAGCCGACGUCAACCUGACUCUUCUCAACAAUGCGACAUCUAUUGUACAAAGCUUGGAUUUCACGGCCAACUGCACUUUAUCCAUAUCAUGGUAUAAGAAUCUUCCCACGAGUGGAGCCGGCUCCGGGAACGACACGAUUAACAUUGACUUUUUACGUUCCGCUUUGCCAACCGAGUACCAAGACGAGAGUAACGACCAAAUCUCAAGCUUCUACGAUGAUAUGUCAUCUGGGUCCCUUUCUAGUCUCGGAUGGAUAGUUACUGCGAAAGACGAUAUUGAAACCGCUUGUAUUACUCCGCAAUUCGAGAAACAGAUAUCACUCUCGAACCUUAACGCGACACAAAACUGCACUGCAACAGCGAGAUUCUUAAGCAGCCUGGGUUGGAUUACCGGACCCCAUACUUAUACUGCUAAUACCUCGAACAACACUUUAUGGCUCGAAUUCUUAAGCGCUGCUCUUCCGCUAGCGGAUCAGAACCUCACCGACCUCGAAUUACUCGUUUAUCGCAACUACUUUUUGGCUUCUGAGAAUGCUGUAAAUAUCACGGACUAUCUCGAGGCAGCUGAUAGUGCGUGUGAGAAUGAUAUCUGUGAGGUCCAAGGCUACACUGGCAAUCCAGACAUUGCUGGCAUUGGAGUAAUCAUUUCAUACACUGUUGAGGCUGCUCUUAUCACAAUAUACUUCGUCGCCACUAACUUCUGUCACUCGACGUUGCAUAAAAGGGUUACAAAUGCCCUCGAAAAGGCGUCAGACGAGCUCUCAGACGGAGCACUCUUCUUCUCACUAUCUAUCAGCACCGCUGGAUGGGUAUCUCUCGUCUCCGGGACAUCAUAUUACGAAAAGCUCGUGUUCACCUCCGCCAACGUUCUCGCGCUCAGUGCUCUCUUCGCUUUCCUUGGCAUGUACACCGAAGAGGGUGGAGAGAAACGAGGGCGGUGGAUUCCGUCUUUCAUGAUAUUUGCGAUACUGGUAGAAAGCGCGAUUCAAUACAUCGUUUAUCUGACUCAAUCAGAUACCAAGUAUGACGACUAUGCUUGCCUGCAUCCAAUGUUGCAAGCCGAUAGCUACAAUCCUACGGUUUUCGAGGCUUUAUUCUUUGUUUUAUUAGGGUUGUCGGUUAUUGCUGCUUUCGUUGGAGCCUUUUGGUUAGGCUUCAAAACCACGGAGAAGGGGGAGAAGAUCAACGGAGCGGUCGAAAACGUGAUCAUUUACACACGGAUCUUCGUCCAAAUCGUGGCUAUUACUGUCAUGUGGGUUGAGCUGGUCUACCUCUGGAAGAUCCGCAACAUCAUGUCCGGGAUUGCGGGAGCAACCUGGAGCGAGGGAGCAUGGGGCUUUGGUCAGAUUCUUGCGCUCUUCAUCUGGUUCCCUCCAGUCAUUGAUAUACUGGGGAAUUUGAUCCUACCGCCCUGCAUGCUCCCAAAGGAAGAGGAGAAGUGUAAGUGCGAGGCAUUAGGCCAUACAUGCGUUUGUGUGCCGAACGCGGGUCAGGGCAGUGAGAAGGGCAAGGAAGACGGGAAAGCGGGAACAAAAGGAAGUGCCGCGGUUUCUCAGAAGGGCAAGGACGACGAGAAAGCGGAAAUAAAGGCAAGUGUCGUGCCUUCUGCGAAGAGCACUUAGUCAGACGGGAAAGAUCUAUGUUCAGAACGACGGGAAGUACGGUAAUGGUAGUUGGCGACACAGUUUUCCGAGGUAUAUUGAUUGAUGGGAUGCGAUCAUUGACAAUUCGAAGCGGAUAAUUGAAACGUGUUGGUUGAACAGAUUGAACUUUUGAAUCGUUAAUAAAAGCUUGUGUCAUUCCUC